CCAAGGGAUGAGCUGGGGUCCGCCUUCCCAAUGGCAUCUCCCCCUGGUCUGGAACUGAAGACACUGAGCAAUGGUCCCCAGGCCCCAAGGAGACCUGCAUCUCUGGGUCCUGCAGCCUCACCCAGGGAGGGUGUGGAGAAUGCCUGCUUCUCUUCAGAGGAACACGAGACCCAUUUCCAGGACCCUGGGGAUGCCAGACCAGGCUGCUCCCCCAGCCCUCCUGGGGGCCUUGGCCCCUUGCAGCCCCGACCCCAGAGAGACGACGCGUCCCUGCAUUCAGAAGAGGGGCCAGGCCUGGAGCCUGUGAGCCGCCCUGUGGAUUACGGCUUCGUCUCUGCUCUGGUUUUCCUGGUGAGCGGGAUCCUCCUGGUAGUGACUGCGUAUGCCAUCCCCCGUGAGGCUCGCGUGAACCCGGACACGGUGUCAGCGCGGGAGAUGGAACGGCUGGAGAUGUACUAUGCACGCCUGGGCUCGCACUUGGACAAGUGCAUCAUCGCAGGCUUGGGGCUGCUCACGGUGGGCGGCAUGCUCUUGUCUGUGCUGCUGACGGUCUCCCUGUGCAAGGGCGAGCUGUACCGCCGGCCCGCCUUCGCCCCAGGCAGGGGCUCCAGGAAGACCUACGGCUCUAUCAACCUGCGCAUGAGACAGCUCCAUGGGGACGGGGGCCAGGCCCUGGUGGAGAACGAGGUUGUCCAGGUCUCAGAGACCAGCCACGCUCUCCAGGGUUCUUAA